AAAAUUAACUAUUAAUUUCCUUCUUUCAUAGCAAUAACAUAAAUAUUUGAUCAAUCAACAAAUUCUCAAAGUCACAAUCUUUGAAUUAAACAAAAACACUAUGGAACUAUCACUAACAUUAUCAUCAGCAGAUCAUCAUCAUCGGUUGAGCAAUAACCCAUCGCCUUCAGAGGCCCAUCCAGACACUAUGGACUUUCUAUCUCGAGAAUGGUGUAAUUUUGCGGUUCAAUCGCUUCAGCCUGACCAUAUCAUCUACGACCGUUCCAUUGUCCCCGUAGAGACAUCGAUCGCCAAGUUUCACGGCGACUCAAGUCCUGUUUCUUGUGCUAAGAUGGAUAAGAGUCUGAAGAUGGACGAUCCAGAUUUUAAGCCCUCGAUGCCUUCAUGGAAAACCAAUGAUGUCAAGUCAUGGAUAUGGAUGCAACAAGCAAUGCACCCGGAACUGAGCUACGAAGGCUUCUUCCGCAAGAAACUUAAACUUCCAUGGAAGAUUACGCCGUCGCUAAAGAAAUGGUGGAAAGAGAUUAAAGCGAAACGAAAGGAGGAAGUGAGGCUACAGAAAGCUGAAGUCCACGCCGCCGUUUCAUUAGCCGGUCUGGCCGCUGCUCUUGCCGCUGUAGCUUCCGAGAACGCUGGAAAAGAAGGUAGUAAUAAUCGACUAAACACGAGAGAGACAGCCGUGGCUUCUGCGGCCGCUGUGGUGGCCGCGCAAUGUGCUCAGAUGGCAGAGACAAUGGGAGCAAACAGAGACCAGCUCAGUACAGUGAUUGGUUCCUCCAUGACUGGGACAAGUGUCAGUGAGAUACUCGCUCUCACUGCCUCAGCUACAACUUCUUUGAGAGGUGCUGCGACGCUAAAAGCAAGAAGAAGUUGCAAUAUCAAUAGAUUGAACGGCUCUGAACCUGUGUUACCUAUUGAAGGAUCCUCUGAUUUGCCUCCCGAAUUUGACAAGAACACAUACCUUCUUGCUCAAGGAACCGAUCUCUUUGUUGAGACACCAGAUGGGGAUUUCAAGGCUAGGACAGUGUCAGUGGUCUUAAACAAGGAAGGGAAGGUGAUUCUUAAAAUGAAGAAACAUAACUUACUCAGGACUAAGAAAGAAUGUAUUGUGACGAAUGUUCAUGUGGAACUUUAUAAAGACUCGGAGAGCGAAGACAACAACAUAGAAGACACUUGUUAUCUCAUUGUCUUGAAGACGAACAGAGGAGCUAUGAAACUAGACAUGGCUGAUGAUUACAGUCGUUACAAGACAUGGAUCACAACAAUCCAACACAUGCUCACUCUCUCCUCUUCUUCCUUCCGUUCAAAAUACGAUCUCACUUUCUACAACAAAAACUGAAAUUUUCUACACUUGUUCUUCACUUUUUAUAUUUAAUUACCAUGUUUAUUUUGCCUCCCUCCCUUUGUUAUUAUAAUAUAAUGAAUAACAAGUUGAGAACUUACGUUC